AUAACAAAAAACUCAAAAUUUUGACCUAAUCUACCACCCCUUAACAAGAAUACGUGACAUUACCCUGUAUUGGACUGUACUAGUUUAUUUUUGAAAACGGUAUAUUAUAGUGAUAAUUUGUUUUAUACAUGUAGGAGGGCUUCAUUUGGCACAGUUUUAUAGGUAUAGGUGAAUUUCCGUUCACAGAGAAAGUAUUUUUUUAAUCGUAAUCUCGUUGAACUUUUGAGUAUCAGUCGCUUGUUUCAAGAAGCAGCCAACGUGUUCAAAGCGGUUAAGCUGCAGUAUGAAUCAAUGAAUUCAUUCCAACAUUUUUCACUGGCUCAAGAGAUUGGGUAAUAUGGGACAUUUACAAAAACAAGUAAUUAAGGAACUAUUUCAAUAAGCAUAAGCGUAUGAUAAUAAAACAUUCAUUGCGAUUGUUUACUUUAAAAUUGAUUUGUAAUGAAUUUAUUGAUUCGUAAUGUAGAGAUUAUACAUCGUACGUUGAAAAAAUAUUGAUACUGCAUUAUGCCUCAGUGAAGUAGAAGCCAAAUAUUUGUUGCAGGUAGAACUUAUAUAAAGUGUAAAGUAAUUUUCAUGAUAAUGAUCAAGUUGCCAUUAUCUAAUCACGAUGUUUUUAAUUCAAAAUCGAGUUAGUCCCCCUGUUCCACAAUACUCAAAUAAUGAUUCACUUUUCUCGAUUAUAAUUACAGUUUGUUGCUAAUUUAGAUAUUAUUUUUAUUAAAGAUGUAUCAAUUCAUAUUGUCGUGCAUAAUAGUACUCUUGGUAGGGACACUGUAUGGCAGAUCGACAAACUAUCACUUUAUCUACCGAUGUGAUCAAUACGUUGAACCCAAGGUUCCAUUCUGUAGCUAUAGAUAGUGUCGUGAUCUCUACUGGGUUCAAAAAUUUCAAUAUGACCAAUUCAAAAUUGAUCCGAAUGAUCAAAAACAUGGCUCCAGGAUAUUUGAGAAUUGACGGUACCUUAGCGGACAGGAUUAUAUUUUCUGAGGAUGGAUCAGGAACGCCAGUAGCAGGAAACUUUCUGCUAACAGGUGCUAGGAAUCCUGAUCGCCAUCUUGUGCAUAUGUGCAGUUUGCUCCAAGCCACACAGCGAUCCCCAAGAGAAUGUCCUAGAAACAAACGCCAAGGAUCUUCAGCAAGAGCCAGAAGAUAUGGAGACGGCUGACACGAUGGCUUUCAGACCUCUGUUUGCGUACAGAAGAAAGACGGCACAGGGAUACAGGAUCAACAGGAGGAGUGAUUACAGUGGUUAUCGUCCUAGGGGUAGAUGGGUCUACGUCUACACGUAGGCUUACUGCUGAAGGACAUUUGUACUGUUGUUCGCAUUUAGGAAAAAGCAAGAAAAUAAGAUCUUGUUCACCAAAUCGUCAAGGCGGAGUGUAGGUAGUAUAUACUAAUACCUUUCCAUAUCUGAAAAUAAAAAAGUUGUGAAUUCGGUUUUUACGGAUAUACAUUUUCUAAACACUCCACAUCUUCAAUCACAUAUCUCAGACACUAUGGAACCGAUGUCUUUGAAAUUUUCCACGAAGUUACCUAGAGGUAAUGUGGAACUAGAAGGACGGUGAAGAAAAUCCAGGGUCGGACUCAAUUUUUUCACUUCUUUAGAAAAACAUAAUAUACAUGUUCGGCCCUGCAUACUGCCUUUUUCUGCACUUUUAACUUUAUUUCAAGUUGGUCUGGAAGGUUAAAUUUAUUGGAAUUGCAAAUAAAAUCCCGUUUCCACUCUAAGCAGACCCCUUGUUGUACAAUAUCAGUUGGUAGAAUUAAUUCAUUGAAAAAACUACCGAAAAAGGUAAAUAUGGUGUAUAAAAUUAAUUUUCCUUUUUAUUUAUAUGAUGUAUUUUUCUUUUUUUCUGCAAAAUAGUACUAAAUUCAGAGCAUCCCUAAUAAGUAAUAAAAAAUGUAGCCCACCUGGGAUUAUGAGUUUUAAAAACAUCUUUAGAUCAAUAUUAUUUUAACUAACUGUUGAAAUUUUGAGUUUUGUGACACAUAAACUGAUAAAAAUUAGAGAUUAGGAUUAAAUAAACAUUUUUAAAUGAAAAAACUAAAAGUGGCGCAAUUAAUGUAUUUUGCUAAUUAAUUAGCACCGUUUAUUAGCUUCUUUGUACAUAGUCAAACAUUUCAAAUAUUCAGCUUAAAAGGUGUUUUGCUAAAAAAGUAAAGUAAAUUCGUCCUGGAUUUUUAACUAUCCGUCUAGCUUUACGUUACUCUUGGUAACUUUGUUAUAGUGCAAAAUUUCAGCAAAAGUGCCGAAAAAAACGGCUGUAAUGAUGUUAAAAGUUUUUCAUGAUUAGAUAUAUCCAUAAAAUGAAUGAAUUUAGAACCAUCUAUUUUCAGAUAUGAAAAGGUCUCGGUCCAUACUACCAUUUCACUAUGUCCAUUUAAGUACGGAACACACUUUAUUAUCAUCCAACCUCAUCGUUUGGUAUAUUUCUUGAGCUAAAAGUAGUAGCUCAAACUAUUCCAUGACAAUUAUUGUUUUUGUUUGUAAGAACAUACUCAUAUAUCCUUAAUCGAUAUCUGACAUGACAUCAAUUUUGUUUUAAUAUCUUGGUAAUCUCCCUUAUGUCGAAUGAACUGAAAACUUUCAUAAUGAUAUAUUUUCUUAGAUCCAUAACUGGUAAUAAAGACUUCAAGACCUAACAUCAGGUUCAAACUUGUUCAGUUUAAAAUGUUUAUUGUAUUCGUUCAUGAUGUAUGAUGUUGUAUCGCCUGGAACUAGAGUCACACAUAUUUAAUAAAGAAAAUACAUCAACUGGUUAUUAAGUCAAUGAUUAACAAGUACAUUAAGAUAAUACGAUAAGAUGUGCAAGCUUCAGAUGAUAGGCUGGAAUGUCCUUACCUUCGUUUUACCAUUUUGUGUUUUUGCAAAUACCUUAUUAUCUAAUUUUAUUUACAAUAAAAUGCCAUCUGGACCUACCAAAACAUCAAAAUAAAGAUCGAUGCGAAUUUUCAGUUUACCUUCGUUUAUUCCAAGGUUGGAACAUUAUUUUUACGAGUAUUUUUAUCUUAAUUAUAUGUGAUUCGGACUGGGCUUUCAAAUAUUUUGUGGAUGGAACAAAAUUACAGAAAUAUAAAUGCGGAUAUAUCGAUAGAAGUUGUUAAGGACACUGUCGUAAUUUUCCUUUUAUUUUUUCUGCAGCUCUUGCCAAUUGUAAUGUUAUGAAUCAUUGAGAGUGUCUAGUUUUCACUUAUUAAUAUUAAUUUAUUUUUUUAAUGGUUAACGUAUGCAUUAUUGUUAUAUAAAAUCUAUUUAUUAUUAUUUAUUUUUGGUAUAUUUAAGCUUUUUAGCUGUCAGCCUAUUUAUACAAUAAAAAUGUAACAAGCUCGU